CGCAGCUUCACUCCCACAGGGCGGCUACGUGUGCGUCACUGCGUCACUGCGCGUACGUCUAGCCGUAAUCUCGCGUGAUGAGACUAGGCGUUGGGCUUGUGUGUAAGACAGGAGGCUGGGACCCUGCACUGGACAGCUUUGCGGGAGGUGUUCUGAUAUUGAUGCCCCACCAUGUCAUUGAAGCCACGGGUAGUGGAUUUUGAUGAAACAUGGAACAAACUUUUAACUACAAUCAAAGCUGUUGUCAUGCUGGAUUAUGUUGAAAGAGCAACGUGGAACGACCGAUUCUCAGAUAUUUACGCACUGUGUGUUGCCUAUCCAGAGCCUCUUGGAGAAAGAUUGUAUACAGAAACAAAGAUAUUUCUGGAAAACCAUGUACAGCAAUUGCACACGAGAGUUCUGGAUUCAGCAGAGCAAGUACUAGUAAUGUAUUACAGAUACUGGGAGGAAUAUAGCAGAGGAGCUGAUUACAUGGAUUGUUUAUAUAGGUAUCUUAACACACAGUACAUUAAAAAGAACAAGCUGACAGAAGCAGACCUACAGUAUGGCUAUGGUGGAGUGGAUAUGAACGAACCUCUAAUGGAGAUAGGAGAAUUAGCACUGGAUUUGUGGAGGAAAUUAAUGAUUGAGCCUCUCCAAGAUACCCUUCUCAGAAUGCUUCUCAAAGAAAUUAAAAGGGAUCGAUGUGGGGAAGACCCAAAUCAGAAAGUAAUCCAUGGGGUUAUUAACUCCUUUGUUCAUGUUGAACAGUAUAAGAAAAAAUUUCCCUUAAAGUUUUAUCAAGAAAUAUUUGAGUUGCCUUUUCUGGCUGAAACAGGGGAGUAUUAUAAACAAGAAGCUUCAAAUUUAUUACAAGAGUCAAACUGCUCACAAUAUAUGGAAAAGAUUUUAGGUAGAUUAAAAGAUGAAGAGAUUCGAUGUCGAAAGUAUUUACACCCCAGUUCAUAUAAUAAAGUGAUUCAUGAAUGCCAGCAGAGAAUGGUGGCAGACCACUUGCAGUUUCUACACGCAGAAUGUCACAAUAUCAUCAGACAAGAAAGGAGAAGCGAUAUGGCCAACAUGUACACUCUUCUCCGUGCUGUAUCCAAUGGUUUACCUCAUAUGAUUCAGGAACUCCAAAACCAUAUCCACGAUGAAGGCCUUAGAGCUAUUAGUAAUCUUUCUCAGGAAAACAUGCCAACUCAAUUUGUGGAGUCAGUCUUAGAAGUUCACAGUAAAUUUGUUCAGCUUGUCAACUCUGUAUUGAAUGGUGAUCAGCACUUUAUGAGUGCACUAGACAAGGCUCUUACUUGUGUAGUGAACUACAGAGAACCUAAAUCAGUCUGCAAAGCACCCGAGUUGCUGGCCAAGUACUGUGACAACAUGCUGAAGAAAUCAGCCAAGGGAAUGACUGAGAAUGAAGUAGAAGACAAGCUCACCAGUUUUAUUACCGUCUUCAAGUACAUUGAUGAUAAAGAUGUUUUCCAGAAGUUUUAUGCGCGGAUGCUGGCAAAGAGAUUAAUCCAUGGAUUAUCCAUGUCGAUGGACUCGGAGGAAACCAUGAUUAAUAAAUUGAAGCAAGCCUGCGGCUACGAGUUUACCAGCAAGCUGCAUCGAAUGUACACAGAUAUGAGUGUCAGUGCGGAUCUGAACAACAAGUUCAACAACUUCAUAAAGAACCAAGACACAGUCAUAGAUCUGGGAAUCAGCUUUCAAAUAUAUGUAUUACAGGCUGGUGCAUGGCCUCUCACUCAGGCGCCAUCUUCCACUUUUGCCAUCCCUCAGGAACUGGAAAAGAGUGUACAAAUGUUUGAAUUAUUUUAUAACCAACAUUUCAGUGGUCGGAAGCUGACAUGGUUGCACUAUCUCUGCACAGGUGAAGUGAAAAUGAACUAUUUGUGCAAACCCUAUGUCGCCAUGGUCACUACAUACCAAAUGGCCGUCCUACUUGCCUUCAAUAACAGCGAAAUCGUUACGUACAAAGAGCUCCAAGACAGCACACAAAUGAACGAGAAGGAGCUCACAAAGACCAUAAAGUCACUGCUGGAUGUUAAAAUGAUAAACCACGAUUCAGACAAGGAGGAUAUUGAUGGGGAGUCAACGUUCUCAUUAAAUAUGAAUUUCAGCAGUAAAAGAACAAAAUUUAAAAUCACUACACCAAUGCAGAAGGACACACCGCAGGGGGCACAGCCCACGUGUGCUGAGGAAGCUAUGCUUUGGAGAGGGGAGAGGCGCUUCUCUCUGGAGGUGGAACAGACCAGAAGUGCUGUGGAUGAGGACAGGAAAAUGUAUCUACAAGCUGCUAUUGUGCGUAUAAUGAAAGCACGCAAAAUAUUACGGCAUAAUGCUCUGAUACAGGAGGUUAUCAGCCAAUCAAGAGCGAGGUUUAACCCCAGCAUCAGCAUGAUAAAGAAGUGCAUUGAAGUGCUCAUAGACAAGCAGUACAUCGAAAGAAGCCAAGCGUCGGCGGACGAAUACAGUUACGUCGCAUAAAGAGGUCGCUCUCAAGGGCGCGUGUAAAAGGAAGUCAUCAGCGUCGCUGUUUGGUGUGUUCCUGUGGGAAUAAGCAGACCUUUGCCUCCAUAUUCUGUCAUCCGGCAGUCCCUAUUUUACUGCUGUUUACAACAUCACCAGUGCCACGUCAUGAGCGCCACUGAAAAUGCCUAUAAAUAUAUUCCGCUCAUGCCAUUCUGACAACGCUACUAAAAGAACGAGUGAAGUAUUUCAGGAAUGUGGACAUUUUUGGUUGGGUAAUGUCCGUCCCCCCCACCCACCCAUCACGUUUGCAGUUGAUGUGUUUCUCUUUUUUUAAUGUAUCUUAAAAGACCUAACAUAGGAAGGCACCGAAUCCAUCACUUUUGCUGAAGGCCGAAUACUCCGCAAAAGAUUCAGCCGAAAACCGAACCAAAUCUGAACCCCACUCUGCAUAUUCAAAUUUAAGGGAAAUCUUUAAAAAAAAAAAAAAAAAAAAAAUUUCAUCAUCUACAAAACAUUUUGUCUUGAUAAUUUAUUUUGUACGGUUUUUGAAUUAUUUAGAAUGAUUGACCUUCCUAUUCUAGCUUUUUCCAUCCUGCAGCUAUACAUACUAUCUGGCCAUUGGGGUCACUUGGUAACCAAGCAAAAUAUCGACUGAGCGAGUUCGAUUUUUAUUGUUCUUUGUUUUAUUGCUUAUUUCACGUUUAGGCCCUCGACUGUGCAUCUUCCAUUUUGAUUCAGAGACUCCUUUCUGGUAAUUACUCCCUAGAUGAAAAGCCUGAGAGCUGCAAAACAAAAAAUGGAAAUCAUUAAAAAACCACAAAUGAAAUUUAGGUGCAAAUUCUCUUAGAAUUCUGGUGUCUACACCAUAUUAAAGGGUAGUUUUUAGGCGCACAGCCUCUUUAAGGGUUCAGAUUGGGUCCAGCCAGGCAUCUUGGUUUGGACUGAAUCCUGCAAAAUGUCUUUGGUUUCAGCCAAACUCCCAAACCAACUGGUGGAUUCGCUGCCCCCCUAACCUAAAGUAAAAACUAAAUAUUGUAAUAUUACAGAUAACCUAUUAAUUGUAUGUACUUACAAAUGUACAAAAAUGACAAACAUGAUAUUGCUGCUUGUCAAAUAAAAACAAUAAAAGAA